GGAACGGGAGCUGCCGAGUGCACGGCAGUGAAACAGUCAACACAGCGUGUCGAAACCAUGAUGAUCCGCCCUCAAGACCGCCUCCAGCAGAUGAGCAGGCCGGAAUCGGCAAACCUGUUCGUCAAGAACCUGGCCGGCACCAUCGGUGACGACAGAUUGCGCGAAAUGUUCGCCCCUUUCGGGACCAUCACUUCCGCUAAGGUAGCUCGAAGCGAAAGCGGCGAGUCGAAAAGGUACGGAUUCGUGUGCUUUGGUACGGAUGCGGACGCUGCCCGGAAAGCAAUGUUCUACAUGAACGGGCGGCUCAUCGCUGGAAAGCCAAUCUACGUGAACGUAGCACAGAAGAAGGAGCAAAGGACAAAGCUGCUGGCUGCACAGUUCAGCAAAUCGCAAGAUACCCCGGAUGAGCGGGAUGAACCCAAAGUGUCAGGUUUGGUCGGAGAUGACCAAGUUAUGCUGUAAAGGUAUAACCAUUUUUUAACGUUUACUCUAUGAGCUGGAUCUACAAAGAGGUUAUGGACAUAAUUUUGAGAAUUUGUUGUAAUGUCUCAGGUUUUAAUCAUUGGUUGCAAAAAACCAAACUUUGUGUAACUCUCGAUUAUGUUUCUUGAAUUUGUUCUAUGUUAUGAAUGUAAAUGAAUCAUUUAGUAGUUCACUUAAUUACAGUAAUAAAACAUGACUAAUUAAGAAGCCCAUUAAAGAAUAAUUCCUUUGCAUCUUUAUUAGUUUAUUCAAUGUGUCUGACCUGAUACAAAAUUUUCAAUUAACUCGACGUAUAUA